UUAAGGCCACAGAAUGCUAAUUUGCGCCAGAAAACACCUUUUUUAUGCGUGUUUAGCUUUUUAUUUCUUGAACUGGUAAAAACCCAAUAAUAGGUCACAUAUAAUCCACUUUUGAAUAUUGUCUAUAGCAGCACUACGGCUCUGCUCAGCCUUUACUCCUUCCCCACUAACUGCUGUUGAAUACUUGAGGGGGCAGGAGCCAUUUGCAGAGUGAUGUUGUUUUUUAAUACACAUCCACCGCUAGGAAGUGACCCGUUUGUCUCCAUACUGGACUCCUUACGAUGAGGGUUCAUCUUGUAGGGUGAAAGCAUUAUUUCUGUUCUAAAAGUCACCAAAAAGCCACAGCACUAAACCUCUAUGUGGUUCAGGUCAGGUUAAAUUCUCACCUGUCCCUUUGGUGUUCUCUAACUACACCCCUCCGGACAGUUCAGGCCACACCCUCCCAGUGAUGGCCAAUCAAGUUCAAGACUGGAGCCUCUGCCGGACAGAGCCCUGCAGUUUUUUGACUGAGCUGGAUGUGUUUUGGGGCUUUUCAGGAGGAUAAGAAGACAUGCAGAGCAUCUCUGGUAAGCUGAAUUUGUGGUUUUUACUCCUCCAGCGUGUAGGCAGACGCUUCUCACAUGUGAUGCUCUGACCAGCUCCAGCAGGAUGCCUGAGGCGCUGGAGUUUUUAGAUGAGUCUUAACUUGACUCGUGUUGCUUUUUCACUCAUGGAGCAAUGUUUGCACACAUUCAGUCAGCGAAAGACUUUGCAGCGUGAAAACAUCAGCUGAAAUAGAUGCAUUUAUGCUCAACGGCUUAGUAAAGGUUGCAUCUAUAUCAAUUCCAAAAUAAAAGGCCUUUUAUGCUGAUUUGUAACCAUUCUCAUAAAAUCUUCUUCACAGACUUCAGACUGAAUGCUUCCAUGCCUUUAUUAUCCCAGCCAGCAGCUCAGGCCUACCUGCAGGGAUCCGUAAAGGUGACUCUGGAGAAUGCAGAUCUCUGGAAGUCUUUUCAUGACAUUGGGACAGAAAUGAUCAUUACAAAGCACGGCAGGAGGAUGUUCCCACACUGCAGCAUCGCUCUAACAGGACUUCAGCCUUUGACCGAUUAUGUCAUCAUGGUGGACAUGAUUCCAGUGGACGGCUUCAAGUACAAGUGGAAGAAGGAGAAGUGGGAGGUCGCGGGGACGGCAGAGCCCCAGCCCCCAUGGAGGACAUACACCCACCCAGACUCCCCAGCGCCGGGAAGGCACUGGAUGAAGCACCCUCUGUCUUUCCUCAAAAUGAAGCUCACCAACAACACUUUGGACCAGCACGGCCAUAUCAUCCUUCACUCCAUGCAUCGCUACUACCCACGAUUCCAUGUGAUCCAGACUGACAGCUCCCAUACGGUCCGCUGGGGCUCUUUCCAGACUUUCUCCUUCCCAGAAACCGUUUUCACUGCCGUCACUGCUUACCAAAACCCAAAGAUCACAAAGCUGAAGAUCGACCAUAACCCGUUUGCUAAAGGCUUCAGGGAAGGAGGCACCCACUAUCACAGCAAAAGGUGUCGCUCAAGCAAAAGAAGCUCACAGGAAAGAAAGGAUGUUGCCGGCGGUUGUCCAGGCCUGGAGAGGGCGCCCUCUGCCUCCCACUCAGUGUGGACUGCAAAGCGUCAGCAUCCUCUGAAGGGGAGCCACUGUUCAGCGCUGGAGCAGGAUUCAUCAGAUCAGCACGCCGAGCCUCUGGAGCUGCAGGAGUACGACUUCAGCUGUGAGGAGCAGCGGGUUCCUGCAUACGCAGCAUAUCAGCCCAACAGGUCGGCUGACUUUGAUGGAUUCCCACUCCCAUCUGGUGACAGGGACCAAACACAGCCCGCCUACCCUCCUCCUCUUCAUCCAUCUUCCUCCUUGAAGCAGAACCCAAACGGCUACCAGAACCACAGCAUGCAAGACUGGAGCCAGUACCCGCUCUUCUCCUACUCCUCUUGGUGAAGCGCCACGCCGAGAAGAAGGACAAAGGGCUUAAACAUCCAAGGCCACCUGGGAGGAAAUCCUUCCAUCUCAAAGACGUUGGCUUCAUUUCCUGUCGAUGCUGCUCUCUAUUUUUAUUAUUACAUGACACCUGGAGAACACACAAGAAAUAUUAAAGUUUGCUUUAUUGAGCAGGAAGCUUCUAAAGGAGAGUCAUAUGUGGCUCAGGGAACAAAAACUGUUCAUGUGAUCAAACGAUGGAGAAAAAUACAGACUGCACAACUAAUAUAUGCAACUGACAUGUCAUGUGAAAGCAUCCAAAUACAUAUCCAAACAUGUCACUCAAGUCACAUAAAAUGAGUAUUUGGAGUAUUUAACAUGUGAAUUCUUUUGUUUUUUUUUUAUCUAUGAAGCUUUACAAAGUGAUGCUUUGAGUAAAAUACAAAAAUCUGUUGUGGCAACAUUUUUGCAAGUAAAAUGAUAUAAACCUUUUUUUUUUUUUUAAUUAAGGGCAUUUUUUUGGUUUGUUUUUACUCUCCAAGUUUAAAUUUCAUGAUCUGGUUUAUGUGAGGUAUCAAAGAUUAUACACAUAAUAAAUAAUAAUAUACAUAUAAAGAUUAUAUACACACACCGGUAUAUAGGAUUCCAUAAAAAAAACGUAUGUAAUUAUUUCUUACUUUUUUUUUGUCUGUUCUGAGAAGUCCAAUGAAUUUCUGUCUGCAUUUUUCAAAAUAAGACCACAAUAAACAGUUGAAUUAGACAGUCAGAGAUGUUCGAUGUUCACGGACUUUCCUAUGUCUUUUUCUAAACAGGUAUCACCUUUUUAGCAGCAGAUGAAACAUUUGUACAAGAUUCGUACAAACGAAUCAGUAAAUUCAAUCUUUUCGUUUUGUUAUAUCUCUCUGAUUUUAAUUUGAAAUAUCUGGUUUGUGUAAAGUAUCCAAAAUAUUUGCAUUGGAUUCUAAAAAAUAAAAAAGUGUUUUUAUUAAAAUAUUUUUCAGUUUCUUUCCUGAGAAGUCUGAUCAAAUAUUCUGUUUGCAGCCUUCAAAAUAAGAGCUUGACAAGCUGUAAAAUUUGGACUAAAUAAGGACUGUUUGAUGUUGACAGAAUUUCUCUGAACUGGUAUUAUCUUCUUAGAAGCAGACAAGAGUUGUAGCAAUAUAUUAGCAAUUAAAAUGAGGUCUAACAUAAAAAUUAGGCAAAUUCAAUCGUUUUAUUUUUGUUCUGGCUCUGUGAGUUUAUUUUAGUUUUCUACUGUAGCCUAUGUGAGGUAUCAGAAUUAGAUAUGUUUUUGCAUUA